GGAGCGGCCCGACGCACAGCACCGGCGCCUGCCGCCUCCCGCCCCAGCUUUCCUGAGGCGGCCGUACAAUCCUCGGCAGUGUCCUGAGACUGUAUGGUCAUCUCAGCCUCCGCGUCUGCCCGGCCCCGGACUCUGCCAACUCCGGUCGUUUUCAAGCCACUUCUUGUAUUUUGAAAACCCAGAAAAGCGACUCCUGACUCCUUUUCGAAGGAAAAAGAAACUUCAGCCCCCUGCUCGCUGCCCACCGCCCCCAACUUUUUUUUUUUUUUUUUUUUUUUGCGUUUGACAGCGUCCUUCCACUCCUUUCCCGACCCCGCCUCCCGGUACAGGUUCCUCCCCGUCACCGUUCUCCACCCCCUUCCCCCGCACCAAGCCUGCCGCCCGCAACUUCCACCUGACCGUGCGGACGCUCGGGACCUGCGAGCACCUGGCACCUUUCACAUCGGCGUGGGCCUCGAGGAGUGGGCUAGGGCCACAGCGAAAGUAGCGGCUGCAGCCCGCGCUGGCCCUGGAGCUCAGGUGCUCGGAGCCUCAAAGGGCCCCAGCGACAAUGACAGCUGACAAGGAGAAGAAAAGGAGCAGCUCCGAGAGGAGGAAGGAGAAGUCCCGAGAUGCAGCCAGGUGCCGGCGGAGCAAGGAAACAGAGGUCUUCUAUGAGCUGGCGCAUGAGCUGCCCCUGCCGCACAGCGUGAGCUCGCACCUGGACAAGGCCUCCAUCAUGCGGCUGGCCAUCAGCUUCCUGCGCACGCACAAGCUCCUGUCCUCUGUUUGCUCUGAAAAUGAAUCUGAAGCCGAUGCUGACCAGCAGAUGGACAACUUAUAUCUGAAAGCCUUGGAGGGUUUCAUUGCCGUGGUGACCCAAGAUGGUGACAUGAUCUUUCUGUCGGAGAACAUCAGCAAGUUCAUGGGACUCACACAGGUCGAGUUAACAGGACACAGUAUCUUUGACUUCACUCAUCCCUGUGACCAUGAGGAGAUCCGUGAGAACUUGAGUCUCAAAAAUGGCUCUGGUUUUGGGAAGAAAAGCAAAGACAUGUCCACAGAGCGGGACUUCUUCAUGAGGAUGAAGUGCACGGUCACCAACAGAGGCCGCACGGUCAACCUCAAGUCAGCCACCUGGAAGGUCUUGCACUGCACGGGCCAGGUGAAGGUCUACAACAACUGCCCCCCUCACAGCAGUCUCUGCGGCUGCAAGGAGCCGCUGCUAUCCUGCCUCAUCAUCAUGUGUGAGCCGAUCCAGCACCCAUCCCACAUGGACAUCCCACUGGACAGCAAGACCUUCCUGAGCCGCCACAGUAUGGACAUGAAGUUCACCUACUGCGACGACAGAAUCACAGAACUGGUUGGUUACCACCCUGAAGAGCUGCUUGGCCGCUCAGCCUAUGAGUUCUACCACGCACUGGACUCAGAGAACAUGACCAAAAGCCACCAGAACUUGUGCACCAAGGGUCAGGUGGUGAGCGGCCAGUACCGGAUGCUUGCCAAGCAUGGGGGCUACGUGUGGCUGGAGACACAGGGGACGGUGAUCUACAACCCUCGCAACCUGCAGCCCCAGUGCAUCAUGUGUGUGAACUACGUCCUGAGUGAAAUUGAGAAGAACGACGUGGUGUUCUCCAUGGACCAGACAGAGUCACCGUUUAAGCCGCACCUGCUGACCAUGAACAGCAUCUUUGAUAACAGUGGCAAGGUGGCUGUGUCUGAGAAGAGCAACUUCCUAUUCACCAAGCUGAAGGAGGAGCCCGAGGAGCUGGCCCAGCUGGCACCUACCGCAGGAGAUACCAUCAUUUCUCUGGAUUUCGGGACCCCGAACUUUGAGGAGUCCUCAGCCUAUGGCAAGGGCAUCCUGCCCCCAGGCCAGCAGUGGACCGGAGAGGUGAAGAGCCACGGCACCCACAGCGAGGCCGGGAGCCUGCCCGCCUUCACCGUGCCCCAGGCGGCCGCCUUGGGGAACAGCACCCCCAGUGCCAGCAGCAGCAGCAGCUGCUCCACGCCCAGUAGCCCUGGAGACUAUUACACAUCUCUAGAUGACAAUCUGAAGAUUGAAGCAAUCGAGAAGCUCUUUGCCAUGGACACAGAGGCGAAGGACCAGUGUGGCACCCAGACUGACUUUAACGAGCUGGAUUUGGAGACCCUGGCACCUUACAUCCCCAUGGACGGAGAGGACUUCCAGCUUAGCCCCAUCUGCCCUGAGGAGAGCCUCCUGCCGGAGACCCCCCAGUCGGCCCCCCAGCACUGCUUCAGCACCAUGUCAAACAUCUUCCAGCCACUGGCUCCGAUGGCCUCUCACAGCACCUUCCUCCUGGACAAGUAUCAGCAGCAGCUGGAAAGCAAGAAGACGGAGCCUGAGCAGCGGCGUGUGUCCUUCGCCUUCUUUGAUGGUGGGAGCAAGGUGUCCCUGCUGCAGUGCUGUGGCCAGACCUACACCCCUCUCUCCUCCAUGGGAGGCAUAUCCAACACCCAGUGGCCCCCUGACCCACCAUUACAGCUGGGGCCCAUGAAGUGGCCCGGUGAAGACCAGCACGCAGAGGCCAUGGGGACAGCGCCCCUGGGGCCCCCCACCGCCACACCCCAUCUCGCCAUGUUCAAGAAGAGGUCUGCCAAGGGCUUCGGGCCUCAGGGUCCAGACGUGAUGAGCCCAGCCAUGAUUGCCCUCUCCAACAAGCUGAAGCUGAAGCGACAGCUGGAGUACGAGGAGCAAGCCUUCCAAGACAUGAGUGGGGGGGAUCCGCCAGGCAGCAGCACCUCGCAUUUGAUGUGGAAAAGAAUGAAGAGUCUCAGGGGUGGUGGGACCUGCUCUUUGAUGCCGGACAAGCUGCCAAAUGCAAAUGUCCCUAAUGAUGAGUUCAUCCAGAAUCCCGUGAGGGGUAGGAGCCAGCCCCUGAGACACUUAUCACCACCACAGCCUCCAUCUGCCACGAGCCCGGGGGAGCCCACCAAGAGUGGGUUCCCCCCGCAGUGUUACGCCCCCCAGUACCAGGACUACAGCCUACCAGCGGCUCACAAGAUGUCAGGCAUGGCAAGCCGGCUGCUCGGACCCUCGUUUGAGCCCUACCUGCUGCCGGAAUUGACCAGAUAUGACUGUGAGGUGAACGUUCCUGUUCCCGGAACCUCCACGCUCCUCCAAGGAGGGGAUCUCCUCCGAGCCCUGGACCAGGCCACCUGAGCCAGGGCCGCCCACCGACAGAAACCCUUCCCACGCCGUCCCACCAGCUUCACGUUCUCCGUCUGUUUUUUGCAACUAGGUAUUUCUAACACCACCACACUUUUUACAAGAUAUACUCACCUGGCAAACUUGUCCAGGUCACCGAGUAGUGGCCUUUUUCUGAAGAUGCUCACUUUAUUAUCCAUAUUUUUAAAAUAUAAUUGUUUUACCUAUGUUUUGCUCUGUCAGUGGAAAUGUUCUUAAAUUUUAUAAGAUUUUUCUUUCCCCAAAUCCUAAUUUAUAAUAUUCAUGGGUCUCUCUCACACACAAACAAUAUUCAUAUUAACAAGUUUGGUGUAUGUAUGUUCUCCUUUCGGGAAAGCUUUGGCUUCAUUUAACUAAAACUAGAUUUUGUUGUUGUUGCCAAAGAGAAACAAAAUAAUCUUGCUUUCUAAGCUUGAUUUUUGGCCUCUCUCAGCCCUCCUUUCUUUUUUAAAACUAAUCACUGUAUUGUAAAUGUCCUUUUUUUUUUUUUAAGCCAACUCUUUGUUCUAAUUUUGAUAUGACUUUUGGGGGUAAAAAAAGAAAUGAAAUGUGAAGGGUAAACUCCAUUGUGUGUGGUUAUCUAUGAAAGUUGCACAGUACGGCUUUUCUUAAACUGGUGUUUUUCCCCUGCAUUUGGUGGAUUUUUUUUUAAUUAUUAUUCAAAAGCAUAACUGAGUUUUUUAAGAAAGAAAAUUUAUAUCUGGGUUAAGUGUUUAUCAUAUAUAUGGGUACUUUGUAAUAUCAGAAACGGAAAUGGAAUCCUGCUCACAAAAUCACUUUAAAAUCUUUUUUAAGCUGUUUGAUCUUCUUUCUGAUGUUGCUGACACUGCAGAAUUGUACAGAACCCCCACGGGCCUGUACUAACCUUGCUCAAGGUCUCUCGCUGUUGGCUUUUUGCUUUCGGGAUAUGCCAUAGGCGUGACAAAUAAUCCAGAAAGUGGAAUCAUUAAGUGGGAGCAUUGCGAGCUGUCUUCUCCUCGUGUUCUAUAUGUAUUUUGUAUGUAUGUAUGUAUGUAUUAUUAUUACUGCCAAGAGGGUCUGAUGGCACGUCAGGGGUGGGGGUGGGACGAUCUAAGGGAGGGGAAGUGCUUUAACUCUUCUUAAGAUUUUGUUGCCAGCCCUUCAAGUGCACUGAGCUAUGUGACUCUAAAGGUCUUUCAUGGGGCACAUUUGGAUACUUCCAGAACUACCAUGAGGUGGUUUAGAUGGGAAUUCAUGACACGGUGCAGAUUCAGAAACAGUAUAGUGAUCCAGUGCACGUCCCGCUCACCACCUUGGAGCCCAUGGAGUUCAACCGGGGGUGGGGUGAAGGUGCAGAAAGGGGGCCCUUGGUCCUGACCAGCCUCAUCCUCAUAGCCCCUUGCCAAUGGGGCCGGGCCCUCAGAUCACCCUGCAAUGUCAAGGUGCAGCAAGCAGCCCUCCGGGGAUGGCCCCUGGGCCUCCUUGAGGUCUGUCUGUUCCCAGAAGUGACGUAUAUAGGUAGGAGGCACUGAAAACAGUCUCCUAAAAGUGCCUUGUAACUCACCAGGUAAGAGGGACAGCAUCACUUGUUUUCAGAAUACUAGCCACUUGGAACUCUUCCAUCAUGGGUACAACGACAAAGUUUCUAGAAACACAAAAAGCAAAACACAGCAAACCGAGAAUCUGGUAAGCCUGGAUGAACUUACUGCCCAAAACAAAACAAAAUUUAAGUUUCAAAAGAAAAAUGACCUAGUCACUGUGUCGCCCAAAUUGUCCUUUAGCACCGCAGCCCUGCCGCACGCUCAGUGGGCGGCACAGCCUGAGGGCCACUGACGUGUAAGCGCUGGUGUUUGAUUUCUGUGUUUGCCUCAGCGUUACGGGCAUUUGACCCUUGCAGUUUUACUAAAACACUCUGAAAAAAUAUUCCAAGCUUCAUAUUAACCUUAUCUAUCAACAUAAUGAUUUCGUGAACAUUAUUAUUUUGUCAAAUUCCUACUGACGUUAUUACUAUAUGGGAGCUUAACUUGAUAAGGAAAUGUAUUUUGACACUGCUAUCUUAUUAAAGUAUUCUGGUCCUCCCA